CGCAUCAUGUGCUGCUGUCAGCUCCUCCUCCUUGUCCUCCUGUCCCCUGGGGCGCUGGGUGACAACAGCCUCGGCUCUGUAGACGACGGACAGCAAACUAUGGGUCCUCAGGGUCCAGUGGUGGUCAUUAUCGGCGCGGGAAUCUCUGGUGUCGCAGCUGCAGGGAAGCUACACAAACAUGGCUUCCGACGUAUACAAGUCCUAGAGGCUACUGGGAGAACCGGAGGCCGGAUCCGCACAGAGCGAUUCGCAAAAGGCCUGGUUGAAAUUGGCGCACAAUGGAUUCAUGGACCGUCUCCGGGCAACCCAGUCUUCCAGCUGGCAUCUCAGUUUGGCCUUUUAGGACCAGAUGCCUUGCUUGAGGAGAAUCAAAAAAUUAACUCAGAUGGCCAUCCCCCUUCCAUCCCAGUUGCAUACAGUAGUUCAGGAAGAAAGAUCGACCCAGAAGUGAUGACCAACGUUACAGAGUUGUAUAACACAUGGCUGGCACAAACACACAAUUUCACCAAUGGUGAUUGUGAUCCUGAAGGUAGUGUGGGAAAAUUUAUCAGAGAAAAGAUUGUCCACAGCUCACAAGAAUGGGACAGAGAACAAGUUGAAAUGAAUAUGGCUAUCUUGAGGGGGUUGCUCAAUAUAGAAUGCUGUGUAACUGCAGCCCAUAGUAUGGACCAGGUGGCACUCUGCCCUUUUGGGGAAUACACAAUGCUUCCAGGACUUGAUUGCACCUUUCCUAAAGGAUUUGAAAGUCUUGUGAACCACAUGAAGGCACCACUUCCAAGUGGCACUGUAUUACUGAACAAAGCAGUAAAGAGCAUUCACUGGAAUGGAUCCUUUCCUGGCAGCAACUCUCAUGUGUAUCCUGUGCAAGUGCAGUGUGAAGAUGGUGACAGCUUUGUGGCAGAUCACGUCAUUGUCACUGUUCCUCUAGGAUUCCUGAAGAAACGAUCAGUGGAGUUCUUCAGCCCUCCUCUUCCACCAAGCAAAAUGCAGGCUAUUAAGAAUUUGGGAUUUGGAACUAAUAAUAAAAUUGUGUUGGAAUUUGAAAAACCCUUUUGGGACUCAAACACUACUGUGAUCCAGAUCGUGUGGGAAGGUGAAUCUCCUCUUACUGAACCAAAGAAAGACCUGAAGCAGAAUUGGAUGAAAAAACUUUCGGUAUUUGUUGUCCUGGAGCCACCUGAACAGAUGGGGCAUGUGCUCUGUGGAUUCAUGGCUGGAGAGCAGUCUGAAUAUAUGGAAACAUUAACAGAUGAAGAAAUUUUAUCGGCAAUGACUGAUCUUUUCAGAAAAUUCACAGGAAAUCCUGAACUGCCUCCACCAAUCAGCAUGGUGCGUUCUCAGUGGCAUAGCCAGCCAUACACUGGUGGCUCUUACAGUUACGUAGCAGUGGGCAGCUCUGGUAUUGAUGUGGACAAUCUAGCAGAACCGCUACCUACAGAUAAAGUUCUCAAGCCGUUGCAGGUUCUUUUUGCUGGAGAAGCCACAGAAAGAAACUUCUAUUCGACAACACAUGGAGCUCUUAUGUCUGGUUGGAGGGAAGCACAGCGCUUGAUUGACAGAUAUAUAGAUCUUGGGGCCAAUGUUAGCAAAGCAAAGCUUUAAAAAUACAGUCAUCUGUAAAACUGCUCCAAUAUUUUUAUGAUUUACAUAAAAGAAAAAAAUUACUACAAUACUUAUACUAGAUAAUUUAAAGUGAUUAUCCCAUGAACAACAUUUAUCACGUAUCCACAGGAUAGGUCACAAAUGUAUGGUCCUUGUUGCCCUACCACAGGACCCCACAAUCACUAGAACAGGGGUCUUGAACCCCAUUCCGGAGACAAUUGAAUGAAGUGGUGUUCCAUGACACCCCAUUUAUUCUCUCAGAGAUAGUUGAUCAUUGUACAUGACUAUGUCCCUCAGUCCCAUAGACUUCGAAUGGAGAGGCAAUGUUCAUGAGUGACUACUGCUCCAUUUAGGCUAGGACUACACAGCGAUACUGUUCACAGCCAGGAUGGCAGAUUAGCGGCGAGCCCAUGGAAAAGAAUGUGAUCGAGAGCAAGUUGCAAAAAAUCUGUGGGUUCACCGCUAGCCUUAAAGAGUCACUGCACUUUCACACAAUUUCAUUACAUUUAAUAGAGAAUAGUGUAAAUAGAACAUUUCUAAAUUGCUUAAUUUAAAAAAAUCUGCCUGUAUCCACCUGAAAAAAAAGCUGUAAAGUUAUGGCCACUAAGGGGUCUCACUUCCACCUAAGUUGCAGUCAUUGUCAGGCAAGAUCCAUCCUUAGUAACAGACACAGAAGAUGGUAGAGAGUAAGUGGCAUGUCAGAGCUAGCUGGGAUCCCAAAAUAACUAUUUCUUCACUGCUUUUGAAGAUUACAGGAGCGUCCUCCUUACUGUAAGGCUCCAUUCACACAGCUUUGUCCGUUUUGCAGACUACAAACCGUGGAUCCGAAAUACAUGGACACCGGCCCUUCCGUGUACUUUCGGGUCCAUGCAGCCACGCCACAAAAGAUAGAACAAUGUCCUAUCUUUCACCACAUCAUGCGGAUCACAGACCCAUUGGAGUCAGUGGAUCCACACAGCAAUAAGGGGUGCACACAGCCAGUGUCCACGAUUUUCUGUCAGCAAAAUGGACACAGUCAUGUGAAUGGGACCUAAGUGUGAUCUCCCUAUCCUUAUCUGUUCUGUGAGCUCUUGAGCUGAAAACAUAGUGGGAAGUAAGGUAAAGGCUGUCACAGCAGUACAGUCCUGGCAGAUACAACAGGGGGAAACGCCCCUGCUUGUGAGAGAAAUGCAUCUAACUGUUCAGCUGAAGAGAGGAAUAAUUAGGCUGAAAAACACAUUAGAGAAGGCCAAAAAAAUACCUAUUAUUUCACAAUUAUGAUUAAACAGAGAUUAAAAAAUUUUUUUUUUUGUAAGCACAGGUAU